UCGACUUCUCUUUCUUUUGGUAAAACCACAAACACAAAAUCUUAAAAAGGAAGAAUCUGUAGUUUUAACUAAAGUCUGAAACGAACAAAAAUGUGCUACAAAAAGAUUCUCCCACCUGUUAUUCCACCGCCAAAGUUACCGGCGGCAGAAGUGACGGUGACGACGGAGGUGGUAGCCAUCGCGAGUGUCCGUGACGACGGCGGUGAAAAGAAGGUGUGUGUAUGUUCACCGUCGAAGCAUCCAAGAUCGUUCAAGUGUAGGUAUCAUCAUCAUGAAUAUCAAUGGCUUCCUUCUUCUUCUUCUUCUUCUUCCUCUCCGUAUUCUUCUUCUUCACUCCAAAAAUGACACAUCAAUCACUACAAGAAAACACGCCGAAUUCCGACGGAGGUUCCGACGGAUUAAAAUUCGUCGGACGUUUGUGACGGAUUUCCGACCAAUUUCCGACGAAAACAAAAAAUUUGAAGUCGUCGGAAUUCCGUCGGCCAUUUCCGACGAAUUUCAGAGGAAAAAUGGCUCGUCGGAAUAUUCCGACGACUUUUCGACGACAUUCUGAUAAAACAUAUAACCGUUGUAGUCGUCGGAAAUUCGUCGGAAUAUACCGACGAACUUCCGACGACAUUCCGAUUGAGAGAUAUAAAUGUUACCGUCGUCGGUAUUCCGUCGGAAUUUUCUGACGAAUUUCCGACGAACCAUGUUUCCGUCGGAAAUCCCUCGCAAAAUACCGACGACAUAGCGACGACAAAGGGUUCCAUUGAAGUUUGGAAAUGUCCUCGGUAAUUCGUCAGAAUUUACCGACGACAUUCC